AUGAACGUGUUUUCAGAAAAUCGGUGCCGUCGGAACAGGCCCCCAGGUCCCGGCCUUGCCUCCCGGCGGCUUCAGAGGCCAGGGAGGCAGGCAGAGCAACUCGAGGAUCUGGUAGCUCAGGCCUGUGUUUGCGGGAAGUCUCCUUGUUUAUAUGCCACUUUCACCAUUUCUCCUGGCAGAGACUUUCGCCAGCCGAGGCCAGAGUCAUUCUGGGACAGCUGGCCCCCGAGCCCUGCUGAGGAGCCUGGACGCAGCCCUCUGCUCCGAGGAGCCGUAUUCCUGGCCGGACAUGAAAGGAAAGAUUAUAACAGCCCGUUCUCUGCCGGCGGCUUAUCCCAGGCGGGAACCCAGCGAAAUCCGCGCCGCGAGCCCUCAUCCUUCUCGUCUCGUCCCGCCAACCGCCGCAUCCUGACGGGGUCCGAUGAGACCUGGGGGUCUCGGGGUACACGGAGCCUGCGCCGCACCCCGUGGGCCGCUUGUGCCCUUUCUGCGGAGGCGGCCGCUGGGGCUGAGGGAGGUGGCCGGGCCUCGAGUGACGGGUGCCGAGUGACGGAGGCCGGGCUGGGACGGGAUCCACCCGUUGCAGCGCCCGGGUCCCUUCCUCCUUCCUAUUUGUCUUCUGCAGGCCGAGGGGCUGGGCCUCGCCUGUACAGGGUGUUCCCUGCAGCUUCGGGAUGGUGUUGUGUAAUCCUGUGGCUGCGUGUGGUGUGUGGGACGCUGAGCGUGGGGGCCUCUGCGGGGUCAGGCAAGGUUAAGCCGAGGCCCGAGCCCGUGGCGUCGGAUGGGAGCGGCCGACAGCACCCCCUCGCCCUGGGGGACCGUGGGGGCAGAUGAUUUACGGCCGUCUCCUCCCUUGGUGCCACGGCAGAUGCAUCCGGAGACGACGUGAGGACACACAGAUGGGCGAGAAGAGUCUCCCACAAGGCGGCCCCGUCCCACUCGCCUGAAUCAGAGGGUCCGGCCGCGCCCGGCGGGGGCCCCGGGUGGGAGCCGAGCCUCCUUGGCUCUCUGUGACUUUACAAAAGCAUCGUGUUGUUAGCGCAGAGCUUUGGCACACCUGGGCCCGGCGUGCGAGGCUGCUCUGGAACAGAAGUGGUUCAAAGGGCAGGGCCGUUUGGCUGGCGCGUGGGCCACCCCAGCGCUCUCCGGCCUCUCCGUGUGAGAGCAGGAACUCUCCAGUGAGACGGAAACGAUUCUGAGAUAACCGGAGAACACUGGCUUUCCACGCACACAAACAAAGCAGUUCAAAAUUU